AUGUUUUUGUUUCUUAUGAUAUCUCUUGUGGUUCUCGGAUUUAAUGAUUCCAAACAAUUGUCAAGAAAAAAGAGAGAAGUUCAUCCUGAAACAUUCAUGAAUGUUAGUGAGAUCUUACAACAUCAUGGAUAUCCUUGUGAGGAACAUGAAAUCCUGACAAAUGAUGGUUAUUUUCUUACUAUCAACAGAAUUCUUUAUGGAAGGAAGACCUCAGAGAAAACAGCUUCAAGACCUUCUGUGUUAGUGAUGCCAGGAGUUCUUACAAAUUGUGGAAUAUGGGUAGCUAAUGAACCCAACAGCAGCUUAGGCUUUAUACUGGCAGAUGCUGGCUUUGAUGUUUGGUUGGCCAAUAACCGAGGUAGCAGAUGGUGUAAAAGACACCAGCACCUUUCACAUAAUGAAGAAGAAUUCUGGAAUUUCAGUUUUCAUGAAAUGGCAAUGGAAGAUCUACCAGCUAUUAUGCAUUUUAUCCUAGCUAAAACUGGACAGAAACAACUUUUUUAUGUUGGCUACUCACAAGGCUCCACCAUAGGAUUCAUUGCAUUUUCAGCUCUGCCAGCAUUAGCUGAGAAAAUAAAAAUCUUCUUUGCACUUGGUCCAGUAUAUUUGGUGAAUUAUUUCAAACCUUGGUAUAAGAAGCUGAUCAAUAUAGAUGAGGAUUUCAUAAAGGCUGCAUUAGGCAGAAAAGAAAUUUGUAUCCUACCUAAUAACAGAACAAGAAUAUUGGCUACUAAGUUUUGUGACAUGGAUUUAUGGAGAAAAUAUUGUAUCAAUAUUGUAUUCGCCGCUGGUGGAAUUAAUGAAAACAACAUAAAUAUGAGUCGCCUGGAUGUCUUUGCAUCACAUUUACUUGGAUGUACAUCGACAAAAACUCUCUUACACUGGAAGCAGGUGUAUGAAACUGGGCAGUUUAAAGAAUUUGACUAUGGUUCUAAGAAUAUGGAGAAAUACAAUCAGACAACCCCUCCCUUAUAUGACAUAAGAAGCAUGUAUAUCCCAACCAUCAUUUGGAGUGGUGGAAAAGAUUUCAUUUCAACACCAGAGGAUACUGAACUUUUGCUCCCUGUUCUCAGGAACCUGCACUCCCACAAAGUAAUUCCCCACUGGAUGCAUUAUGAUUUUCUCUUUGGGCUUGAUGCACGUCAAGAACUAUAUGAUAAGCUAGUUGAAAUAAUUCAGAAUUUCCCGUAA